AUGUCUGCCGAAAAGAAGUUCAACGUGGGUAUCAUUGGAUACGGCCUGUCUGCCAAGGUCUUCCACAUUCCCUUCAUCAACCUUACUCCCCAGUUCAACUUGCACAGCAUUGUUCAACGCAAGCCAACAGCCUCAUCAUCCGCCCCUAAUGACUAUCCCGACUUGAAGCAUCACACCUCCCUGGAGCCUAUGCUUCAGGACCCCGAGGUAGACAUCGUUAACAUUCUCACACCGCCCAACACCCACUUCAGCUUCUCCAAGCAGGCCCUACAGGCCGGCAAGCACGUUCUGGUCGAGAAGCCCUUUGUGCCCACCGUUGCCGAGGCCGAGGAGCUCAUCCAGAUCGCUAAAGAGAACAAGCGCCUCAUCUGCGUCUACCAGAACCGCCGAUGGGACAGCGACUUCCUGACCAUCAAGAAGAUGAUUAGUGAUGGCGUCUUCGGUCGCGUUUAUGAGUUUGAUACCCACUUUGACCGUUACCGCCCGGAACGACCUACCUCAUGGAAAGGCGAGCUGGGCAUGGCCGAGGGUGGCGGCGCACUCUAUGAUCUCGGCUCCCAUCUCAUCGACCAGGCCUACCACCUCUUUGGUCUUCCUGAGACCGUCUACGGCAAGCUCAUCAACCAGCGCGAUGGAAAGUUCGACCCUGAAGACCCUGAUAGCGUGUAUGCUCAGCUGGCGUACAAGAACGGCCUGAUUGUCAGUGUGCGCAUCGGGGUCAUGAGCGUCGAGACAAUCCAGCCGAGGUUCUGGGUGCGUGGAACCAAUGCUUCGUUCCACAAGACGGCGCUCGAUCCCCAGGAAGACCAGCUGAAAGCUGGCAGAAAGCCCAACGAGCCAGGUUUUGGCGUCGAGGACCCCAUCAAUGGCGGCAGAUUGCUUCUCAUCAAGGAUGGCAACAAGGUCGAAGAGAGGACAAAGUUGACUGUUGAACCCAAGACCUACCUCAAGCUCUUUGAGGGCUUCGCCAAGGCUGUCGAGUCUGGAAGGGAUGAGGACGUGCCUGUACCGGCCAGCGAGGCGCGUGACGUUCUGCGCAUUAUCGAAGCCGUCAAGGAGAGCGCGAAGACUGGAAGCGAGGUCCGCUUCUCUUGA